AUGAACUCUUCAGAAGGUCUCAUGAACUUCUUGGAAGGAGACAGCUUGGCUGAGAAGUUUCUCCGUAUCGAGCGGGAGCAGACUGUACGCCUGAAGGAGCUCACUUUCCUCGAGCCUGUCGAAUAUGUUUACAACCCACUAGAUUAUGCCUGGGAACCCCACCAAGACUACGUGCGUAAAUACUGCCAGUCAAGCAAGAAGGUGCUAUUCCUUGGUAUGAACCCAGGGCCCUUUGGUAUGGCCCAGACUGGGGUGCCCUUUGGGGAGGUGCAGCUUGUCCGUGACUGGCUUCAGGUACGUGGACAGGUGUCUCGGCCAACACGCGAGCACCCAAAAAGACCAAUCCGGGGCCUGGAAUGCCCCCAGACGGAGGUGAGCGGUGCCCGCUUCUGGGGCUUCUUCCGCUCCCUGUGUGCCAGCCCAGAGGUGUUCUUCCGCCACUGCUUUGUCCACAACCACUGCCCGCUGCUCUUCAUCAGUCCGAGCGGCCGCAACCUGACCCCGGCCGAACUGCCAGCCGCUCAGCGGGAACAGCUCAUGCAGAUCUGUGACGAUGCCUUGUGUGAGGCUAUAAAGUUAUUGGGCGUUGCCAUGGUGAUUGGCGUGGGGCGCUUUGCUGAGCAGCGCGCCCGCAAAGCCCUGUCAGCCGCCGGUAUCCCGGUGCGAGUAGAGGGGGUGAUGCACCCGUCGCCUCGCAACCCCCAAGCGAACAAGGGCUGGAACACCAUCAUCCAAGCUAAGCUGGAAGAACUGGGUGUGAUGGGCCUUGUCACAGACUGA